UUAAAAAAAAGGUAGCUCAUUUUUCUACCUGCAUGUAAAUAUUACUUUCGUACGCUUUGCAUAGAUAUCGCUAGGUAUUUCCCAAUAAAUUGUUGUAUAUGUGUCUAGACUCUGUGCUGCACGUUUUAGGGAUAGGAAGCUUGCUGGCAAGUGUCUAGUGUGUAACAUUAACUAUGAUAUGAAACUUUGAGUCAUUCAACUGCUUUCCAGCUACUGUAGCUAGCCAUAAUGCUAUCGUUCAAUCAAUUAUUGUGGCUAUUUUGUAGCCUAGCUUUUAUUUUACUAUCACAAUGCACCAAUGCAAAAAACUUAAAAAGCUCAUGUAAUACCUGCAAACAGAUAGCUGAUAACUUCAGUAAGGGAUUGGACCGAACGAAAAAACAGAACUUUGGUGGAGGAAACACCGCUUGGGAGGAGAGGGCACUUUCCAAAUAUGAGACGAGUGGCACAAUAGAAGCUGAUUUCUGGCUGUUCCCUUUGCCUUCUCCCCCUCUCCUCAGUGAGAUCCGCCUAGUUGAGAUUCUGGAGAAUCUGUGUGACAGCAGCAGCUUUGACUGCAACCACAUGGUAGAGGAGCAUGAGGACCUCUUUGAGACCUGGUGGUUCAAGAGGCAAAAUAAGCAUCCUGAUCUGUAUAAGUGGUUCUGCGUUGAUACCAUCAAGGUGUGCUGUUCGACGGGAACGUUUGGCCCUGAUUGCAAUGCCUGUGUGGCGGGUUCCGAGAGGCCUUGCCAUGGCAACGGGGUGUGUGACGGUGACGGAACACGAGGGGGUAACGGCAGGUGCAACUGUGACCAUGGUUACAAGGGGGAGUUCUGUCUGGACUGUAUGGACGGAUACUUUAAUGAAAUUAGGAACGACACGUUUUCACUAUGCACAGAGUGCCACACCUCCUGCAAGACCUGCACUGGUCUAACCAAUGAGGACUGUGAGAAGUGCAAGACUGGCUGGGGGGAGGAUGAUGAGGGGACUUGUCUUGAUGUGAACGAGUGCUUGAACGACCCUCCUCUCUGCAAAGAGGAUCAGUACUGUCUGAACACGGAUGGCUCGUUCUCCUGUAAAGGCUGUGACAAGGUGUGUUCAGGCUGUACUGGGGCAGGGCCUGAUAAGUGCCAGGGCUGUGCUCCUGGGUACCAGGACACAGAGGGCACCUGCACAGAUGUGAACGAGUGUGAGCAGACUGAUGCUGUGUGUACUGCGGAGAACCAGGAGUGUGUGAACAACAAAGGAAGCUACAUCUGUAUCUGUGCCAGCAGGUACGAGGAACAGGAGGGAGUCUGUGUCAAAAUACCAGAGCCAGAGGAGAAUGAGGCAGAAACAGUGAAACGUCCAGAAGAGCACGAAGACCUUUGACCUCAGGAAAUGAACCAAUAGGAACAAACCAGGAAGAGCAUUUGGAGUAAAUGAUGAGGUGGGUGUCACCCGUGAGACUACACCCCUAUAGCUCACAGAAUCAGAAUAUCUUGAGGCCACUCCUUUUUAAAGCAUUGCGACUACAUGGCAGUUGAACACUCGACAUGCAUACUGCACUCUACAGAUUUAUACCUGUCGAUCAUGGAUGGACAGCCAACAGAAUGGCUGAGAGAAUUAAAGAUUCAACCCCUAUGUACUCUGGUUCUUGUUUUUGCUGUGGUUAACCCAACAAGUGUUAUCUGGUUUUUAAAUUCAUGCAGGAUUUUGAACAUUAUUCAAAUAAAGUUUGAGAACAGAAAUUA